UUCGUAUUUUGUGUUUUGUUGUUGAUCAACAGGGAAUUGCAAUGCCAGCUCAAAUAUUAUUAAAAUACUAAAAUUUACGGGACAAAUUAAAACUACAGCUUUUACAAAACCUAAUGUGAUAUACGGGAUGUCUGAAACUCGAAGAACUUUACUUAAGAACUUGAAUUUACAUGACGAAAACAGUAUCAUAAGUUUGUGUAGAAUAUGCCUUGAAGAUGGGGCUAGAAUUCCAAUAUUUGAAAUAGAUGACGAAGAGAAUUACGAUACCCUAACUAAACUAUCGUUAUGUUUGAGAGAAAAGAUAGAAGAUAUUGAUGGCUACCCUCGUUUCCUAUGUAAUGUAUGCAGUGACAUUCUAGAUAGUGCAUACAACUUCAUAAAUAAAUACAAAGACACAUGUAAAAUAUUGCAAAGUGGCAUUGAUAUACUUAAACAAGACACUGAGGUACCAAUAAUUGAGAAUGGACUUGUAGAUGAAGAAAUAAAAGUAGAUAAUAUUAAAACUGAAAUCCAAGACUCUAGAACUGAUAAUAGCGAUGAUGAUUUUAGUGAUGAGGACAAAGAAUUUCUGGUACCUUUAAAGUUAAAAGUUAAGUUAAAGGAAGAAAAUGAAACAAAACCAGUUAGAAAAACAAGGAAUCACACCUCUACCAAUACUAAACAGGUGACAAAUAAAAUAGCCUCCUCAAUAUUAGAGGGUCAGUUUGCAUGGAAUGGCGACAAAUGGUGUCUACAAUCAAAUGCAUUAAAACUGGCAAAACAAAAACUCAAAUUACUAACAGAAAUAAAAGCUGAGCCUGUUAAGAAAAAAAGAAUAAAAAUUGAGGUACCAAAAGUGAAAGUAGCCAAACCAGACCCUCCAAAACUAUGUGAUGUGUGUGGUGAAGUAUUCAAGAAUCAGGAAAAGUUGUGGUCACAUAAAAGAAAAGUUCAUUACAAAAAAGCUAUGCAAUGUCCACACUGUGGUAAAAUGUUGGCAUCUCAAUAUUAUUUAAACAGGCAUAUAAAGAGAAAACAUGAGGAGAGUAGAGAUUAUAUUUGCGCGGCUUGUGGUAGUGGUUUCGCGUACAAAACCGAGUUGCGCAAUCACAAUCGAAGUGUGCAUGAAAAACAUUUGCGUCCGAAAAAGCAGUACAAGUGUAAAAUCUGUGCUAAGACUUAUAAGUGUGCAAAGUCUGUUGUGGUACAUGAGAGAUCAGUUCAUACAGGGCAAAGACCAGCUGUCUGCUCUGUAUGUGAUAGCAGUUUCUACCACAUAGACUAUCUGAGAGAGCACAUGAGACUCCACACCGGGGAGACUCCAUUCAAAUGCCCCAUCUGUGGGCGAGGCUAUGCCCAGCGCUGCAAUAUGAAGAGCCAUCUAAGAAUACAUCGGGUCUCCGAACUCGACGCCAUCACGUUGAGCAAACUUAGACCUAACUAUUUGAGGCUACUUAAGGCUUAGCUAUGUAAAAUAACCAACAAUGUAUUAUAAUACGCGACAGGUCGAAAUGGUACGAUUACCAUCUCG